GCAAGUAGAAAGGAGAAGGUGGAAGAGGAGAGAGAGGAGAAAGGAAGAGAAAAUGUGUGGAAUUUCAUUGAUAGUAGAUGGCAUUUGCUUUGAUUUAUCCUCCAUUAAUACCAUUCAACAAUCAUCUUCAGAUGCUACUUUUGAACAAUAUACAUUUGCAAUUGAUGACUUGAAAGCCGGUUUACGGAGACGAGGUCCUGAUAGUUUGGGGACCAAAAAGGUUAUCCUUGAAGUGAAGGAUGCAGAAGUACAUUCUUAUGUUGCCAGGGACAAGGAAACUGAAAGGGAAAUCUCUUGUUUGCGUGCUAUGCGUGAUUGUAAACCCUUUUCUGAUGGAGACAGUGGGAGUGGAAUGCAGCAGUCUGUUGCAGAGAUGUGCUUUGUUGGUGCUGUAUUACAGUUGAGGGGAACAAAGCCAGUUGUGCAGCCGUUAGUCAGUGCAACUGGGAAUGUCCUCAUAUAUAAUGGUGAAAUAUAUGAUGGGCUUUAUGUGAGCUGUGACAGCAACGAUACUAAUGUCCUUUUGCAGUCUUUGGAAGACUGUUGCUGUUGCCAAUCCCAUGAAAAUGUGAGCAGCUGUAGCGGAAAACCAAUCCCCGAACUUCUUUCAUCUAUUAAGGGGCCAUGGGCCGCAAUAUAUUGGCAGGCUGCCUCCAGGACUUUGUGGUUUGGCAGGGAUGCAUUAGGGAGGAGGAGUCUUCUUGUUCAUUGGCCCACUUCAGAAGAUUCUCGGCUUGUUCUAUCUUCUGUAUCACCAGCAUGUACUUCCCAGGAGCCUGAUUCUGAAGUUGAAGGUAGAGCUAGUAACAUUACAUACUGGGAAGAGCUUCCCUGUGGGGUGUACAGUAUUGCUGUUGAUGCAACAGAAGCUGGUGCCUGUCUAGCUGGAAAAAUCAGAAAACAUGAAUGGAUGAACUAUAUGCUAAAAGAUCUGAUCAAGUGGGAAAGAAAGCUGAUUGAACCUAAGCUUAUGGAGUUUAAUUCUUCCAAUUGCUCGUCACUUUUAGGGAACUCAGACAUCCAUUCAGCAUCUUGCAAUGGAACAUUGCACUCUUCAUCUAUUUCACCAGCUGACAGGGUCUUGGCUGCCCUGAGAAAAUCCAUCACACGACGUUCUACCCAAAAUACAAUUUAUAAGCAGGAAGCUUUGCAUGAUGGACGAGAGAACUCUGUUCCUGUGGCUAUUCUAUUUUCAGGAGGGUUAGAUUCCAUGAUACUGGCUGCAAUACUGCAUGAAUGCUUAGAUGCCGGAUAUGACAUUGAUUUGCUAAAUGUCAGCUUCAAUGGCGAAGCAGCUCCUGAUCGAAUUACUUCUAGAGCAGGACUGAAAGAACUGGAAAGAAUUGCACCUUUGAGAAGGUGGAGACUUGUGGAGAUUGAUGCCGAUCUCUCAAAUCUAACCAUGGAGAUGAAGCAAGUUAUGGCUCUAAUCAACCCUGCAAAAACUUACAUGGACCUGAAUAUUGGUAUAGCACUAUGGUUGGCUUCUGGUGGUGAUGGUUGGGUGCAUGAACUAGAUACUUCUGCUCCGCAUGAAGGCUAUCAGCGCUUCAGAUACAAGUCUGAAGCAAGAAUAUUACUAGUUGGUUCUGGUGCUGAUGAGCAAUGUGCUGGAUAUGGUAGGCAUAGAACAAAAUACAGAAAUAGCAGUUGGCUUGGCCUACAUGAAGAAAUGAAGUUGGACAUGCAGAGAAUCUGGAAAAGAAAUCUUGGGAGAGAUGAUAGAUGUAUUGCUGACAAUGGAAAAGAGGCAAGAUUUCCGUUCUUGGAUGAGGACGUCAUAAGGAUUUUGCUUGACUUUCCACUAUGGGAGAUCGCGAACCUCAAUCAGCCAAGUGGCAAGGGUGAUAAAAAAAUUUUGAGAGAGGUUGCUAGAUUGCUUGGUUUACAUGAAGCAGCAGUUCAGCCAAAACGAGCUAUUCAGUUUGGCUCCAGAAUAGCACAAGAAUCAAAUCGUAAGAAUUUUGGCAGCAACCGUGCAGCAAAUCAAGCAUCUGCUGGCAGUGUAGCCUUCCACAAGUCAUCGAGCUAAGAUCUCGUGUUACCUGGUGAGCGUGCUGAUGGCGUUGGUGAAUGAUUGGCAGAUGUUCUCUGUUUGGUUCCCAUUGAAGAUUUGCAUACGAGUGUAGAUGCAUAGUGAUUUUCCAGCCAUCAAAUUCUGUGGAGCAUGACAAAUUUUUGCUUCAAUGGUUUUUAUAGCCCUUGAAUUUUGUAUUUUCAAAGGUUCCAACUUCCAUUGAUUAGUUGAACAAUGUAACCAUAUUCAAUUAGUAUCAAAAUCAUUUUGGAAAAUUCUACAUGGUGGCCUCAAUGCCUCAUAUUGUUGCAAAUUCCAUUUGGUGGAUUUUUUUUUGCCAUAUUCUCAAGUGAUCAUUAAGUGACAAACAUAUGCUUGUGCAUACACAAAGAAUCAAAGUACUCAAAUUAAUUAAAAGAUUAAGUUAAAUUUAA